UAUCAAUGAGGCGCUCGAGCGCGCGUUUAUAGAAGCUCCGCUCGAGAUUGAGGAGAGUCCGAGAGCGCGUGUGACGUGUCGCACAGCACAUUCAACCUGCUACUGACAUCACAGAGGCAGAAAGAGAGUUUAUCAUCAAACCGACUCUGUUUGAGGAUCUCCAUUAUUGGAUUUGAGUGGUACAAAACAGACCGGAGGCUGCUGGAGGUUGUCAACAAACUAUUGGGGAUGAAUCGCUGUAGUACGGCCGCUUUACUUUUGCUGGUUAUCGCCGUUUACUCGCUCAACACAGAGGCGUAUAAGUGCAGAUGCACGAGAAAAGGGCCGAAGAUCAGGUACAAAGAUGUACAAAAGCUGGAGAUCAAGCCUAAACAUCCGUACUGCCAAGAAAAGAUGAUAUUUGUCACCAUGGAAAAUGUGUCCCGUUUCAAAGGUCAGGAGUAUUGCCUGCAUCCCAGACUCCAGAGCACUAAGAACCUUGUCAAGUGGUUCAAAAUCUGGAAGGACAAACACAGGGUGUACGAAGCCUAAAUGUUCUACAUUAUGCACAAGGCUAAAAGCAGUGUGGGAUGACACUACCAGUGAACUGUGGAUGACCAGAGGACCAAUUUUUUUAAAAGCAUGACAAAGCAUAUACCCAGACAAGCUUAUAAAGCACACCGGUCUAUUUUAUGAAGUUAUAUCAAUGUGGAAUAAUGUAUAGUCUUACACAAAUGUUUCUUAUGAGCCAAAUGUGCAGUUAUGGCAGAGAAAAAGUCCCUGUGAAUCAGCACCAUCCGUAAAAAGCGAUCAUUACAUUCCUACAAUGUGUAAUGUUUUCUGAAGCAUCAGUUCUUGGUCUGAUUCGUUGUGUCUUGGGAUAUAAAGGGUCUUGACACUUAUAUUUUGGAUACUGUCUGGUUUGAAACUACUGUGAUCUUCUAUCCACAGGUGUCAAAGUAGAUAUUAGAGUUCUCACAGUACAAAAGAACUGAAUUAUUGAGGAGGUGUAAAUAAUGUCUUCAAAGAAUUUAUAAUAUUCUUUGCCAACAUUCAGGCUGGUAAAAGGAGGCAAAGUGUUUUUCAUUAUUAAAAAAAAGUGUUUCUCGUUGAUCUGCCCAAAAGUGCCGGAGGAACUUUCGUUUAUUUUUAUUUUUUUAACUUAUUCACUUAUUGCUUUGGAAUUUGGUACUUCAUGGUGAAGUGAAAGAGACAAUUACAUAAUAUAAACCAUUUAAAUCAUAUCAUGCAUUUACUUUAUAUUAUUUACACAUAUACUUUAUUCCACGGUGGACAUGUACCGCCAUACGAAGAGCACAUGAACUUUGGGACCUGUGUUUAAAAUGAAGCUUUUUUAUUUAACAUCGGCCCUCCUAUCAGCACAUUCUGAACUACAUGUGCCUCCUCUUUGAGGUGUGCAGGUUUUGCAAGCUAUUGUUUUGGUAUGACUGUGUUUUUGUUUUCUUUUUGGUAAAUGGAAUGUUUCUCGUCUCUUCUUGUACAUCAGAUUGUAUGUAUAAGCACACAGAAUAUAGGCUCUUGUGUAUAGACCAUCUUGCCUAGUCUAGCUUGUUGAGGAUUUAUUAGUGAAGCCUAUGUAUUGUAUCACAGAGUUGUUGUUUUACUAUUUAAAUAAUAAAUAUUAGAAAUGUUUGAUUCUUUGUGUUUGGACUGACCCACCAAACACUACUUAAGUCCAAGGAGUGUAAUCUUCAAGCACAGCAAUAAACAUUUAAGUAAA